AGCAGUGAAGAGAAGGCGAAGAACAAGUCCAAAAAGGCUAACUUCUUCCGAAAGAGCAAGGAAACAACGAAUACAAAAAGCCCUUUCCCCAGCAAUAUCAUCACUAUACAAAAGUAGAUUUUUAAAGAAAGGAGAGAAAGUUUGACCAACACGGUUUACUUUUCCGGUAAUUCUUGCUCGUAGACUUCCCUUCCCCGUCGUGGGUUCUGGGUUUUUUUCCCUGUUUUCGAUCCAACUUUUCACUAAGAAAGCUCUUUGAGCAGUGUUUGGGAACUGGGUAUUUUAUUACACAUAGAAAGCCCUAAUCUUUUGAAGGGUUAAAGAAUUGGUGAUUAGGUUCUCGCUUCUUCAUGGGAGCUUGUUUCAGCAAUCGGGUCAAAGCAGAUAUCUCUUCCAGUACAUAUGUGGGAAGAUUGUUCCAUUGUCAGUGGGAUUUGGUUCAUUGGCGCUGAAACAGUUCUGUAGAUUUGGUGCUGUUUGUCUGAGUUGAACUGAGAGAUUAUAUCAGAACCAGGCAAUCACUCUCGAGUUGGUUCUAGGGUCAUAUUCUUUUAUAGUAAUGUUCUCAGUUCGAGGGUUCUCGUGUUCAGACAAGGUUAAAGAUUCGGUGAACUUCAAUUUUAUUCCUCAAUUGGUUCAUCAGAUUGUCCUUUGGCUAAGUUCAAGAUUCUUGAGCAGAGAUGGGAGCAAGAGUUCGUCAACAACUUCAUUCUCCCAUAACCCUCGGAGCGAGGGGGAGAUUCUGCAGUCUCCGAAUCUGAAGAACUUCAGUUUCAGCGAGCUGAAAUCCGCCACGAGGAAUUUCAGACCUGAUAGUGUGGUCGGUGAAGGCGGAUUCGGUUCCGUUUUCAAAGGCUGGAUCGACGAGAAUUCCUUCUCCGCCUCAAAACCGGGUUCCGGUAUCGUCAUUGCCGUGAAGAGGCUCAACCAAGAAGGCUUCCAGGGUCACCGCGAAUGGCUGGCUGAGAUCAAUUAUUUGGGUCAGCUGGAUCAUCCGAACCUCGUGAAAUUGAUCGGAUAUUGCUUAGAGGAUGAGCAUCGGCUUCUAGUUUACGAGUUCAUGCCUCGUGGUAGCCUCGAGAAUCACUUGUUCCGUAGAGGAACGUUCUUCCAGCCUCUUUCGUGGAACACCCGGAUGAAAAUCACCAUUGGCGCGGCCAGAGGGCUCGCGUUUCUUCACAACGCUCAGCCACAAGUUAUAUACCGAGACUUCAAAACUUCCAACAUUCUGCUUGAUUCGAAUUACAACGCGAAACUUUCGGAUUUCGGGUUGGCUAGAGAUGGACCGACCGGUGACAAGAGCCAUGUCUCUACUAGAGUCAUGGGAACUCAAGGGUAUGCUGCUCCCGAGUAUCUAGCCACAGGUCAUUUGUCAGCGAAGAGCGAUGUAUACAGCUUCGGGGUCGUGUUACUCGAGAUGUUAUCAGGAAGACGAGCAAUCGACAAGAAUCAGCCGGUGGGAGAGCAUAAUCUCGUGGAAUGGGCGAAACCCUACUUGACGAACAGACGAAGGGUUCUACGAGUAAUGGAUCCACGUCUCCAAGGUCAGUACUCACUAACCCGAGCACAUAAGGUGGCGAUACUUGCACUCGACUGUUUAUCCGUGGAUGCAAAGCUAAGACCGAGCAUGAACGAUGUUGUCAAGACACUGGAAGAGCUUCAGAGCCACAAAGACUCAACCAAAGCAGCCAUCCCUAAGGAGCAGAAUUCAAAUGGCGUUAGUAGUAAUAACAAAGGGGUUCCUCAGAAGGUGAAUUAUCCCCGGCCUUCGAUACUCUAGGAUCGAAGCUCUCCGGGAAACUUCCACAAGGGUCAGGAUUUUUCUCGGGUUUUUAGAAAUGUACAGAUAGUUCUUUCUCUGUUUGACUGUGUUUGCCUCUGCUUCUAGUUUCCUGGGAAUGCAAAGUGAGAGAACAAGACUUCUUGAACAUGUAACUAGGCUUUUGUAUUCGAUCU